UGGUGGGAACAGAUUAGGUUUUGUUUGUUAAAUUUUCAACAUAUAAGAAAAUUUUAAACAAACUCUACAUCCUGGUUUAAAAUUUGAAAAACGGGACUUGUUCAUGCAUAAAGUUUAUUUACGCCUUAAUAUAAAUUCACAAAUUAUCAACAAGGAACAUUUCGGUUAAAAGGGAUAUUCUAUUGCACUAAAGAUUCAUCAUACAAGAUGAACACGACAUACAAGAUGAAUACGAGUGUUGAUGUAGAGAUUAUCCUUGAGCAUGCUAGAUAUGAAAUCUUCCAGCACCUACUUCUUGUGAUCGUAUGUAUGGUUGUAUUUGGAGCAAUUGGAAUUGUUGGGAAUAGUUUUGCUUUUGCGUUCUACGCAUUCAAAUCUAAGCCAUCAUCUACCGUGAGGUUGAUUGCAUGUUUAGCAAUGGUAGACCUUAUUGUCUGUGUUGAAUUUAUUCCUAACAUUAUAGAAAUGUGGGUCAAUGUUAAAUAUACCGCAAGCUUUAUGUGCAAAUUUGCACAUUUUAUCGGUCUUUGGACAGUGGCUUGUUCUGGUUUAAUACUAUGGGUGGUUGCUAUAGACAGACAUAGAAAAAUUUGUAGUCCAUUUGGAAAGCAAAUGACAUUAGUGACAGUAAAGUACGCUGUAAUUGCCAUUGUUAUCUUUGGGUUUGCAUUGUCAGUGAGAAAUUUUGCUAAUUUUGAUAGCGUUGUUGUUAAUGUCAAAGAUCCAAGAAGUAAAUCAACAGUCAAGGGACACUAUUGUACAACAAGAGAUGAUUCUGAUUAUGUAGUAAGCGUUACUAUUUUCACUGUCAUCGACUUUCUGCUUAUGUUGAUGGUUUGGAUAACGUUGGCCGUAGCGUACCCUCAUAUCAUUUACACAAUUUAUAAGCUAAAAAGAAUUAGGAAACGUUUACACAACAAAACAAAUGUAAACAACACGGAAUUGUCAAAUCCGUCGUAUUUAAAUGAGGAGAACGACGAAAGCACCACACAAAUUGAAAACGGUCCAGAACCGCUUAACGACACCAUGUAUGGACAUGAAGAACAUGUCGUAAUGCACGAAGAUAAUGGACACUGUCAUGAAAAUGAUAACUCGGACAAAAUAAGCAUUUUAGAAACAAAUGUCAGUUCUCCAUCUCCAGUUAGCACAAAAGUGUUAGCGGUAUCUUUAAAUGAUUGUCAAGCGAGUGUUCAAUCACAAGAUUCAUUGACGGAACACGGUAUUAGCACUGAAGAUUCUCAACAAUACACAAGUAAUAUGGAUGAUUUAUCAUCAUCACAUGAUACAGAACAUUUACCAGAAAAUAAACAUUCGUCAUCGACAAAAACUCAUGCCAAGUCAACAUUAAAAAGAAUGUUUCAUAAAAUGACACACAAAAAGUAUAACAGCGCUAAAUGUCCAGUGGAGAGAAAUUUAACAUUCAAGAUGUUAGUUGUAUCGCUUGUGUUCAUAAUUUGUUUCACACCUUAUUUUAUUGUGAAAAUUCUCAUGCGAGAUGUGCUUAAAUCGGGAGAAGAAUAUGAACUUAAUCUACUUGCCCAAAUUGCCUUGCGACUCCCUUAUAUGAACAGUGUGUUUAACCCCAUGGUAUAUUGUGUUUUCAAUUCUCAAUUCAGAUUUUACAUUCAAAAUAUACUCAAAACAUUCUUUUCUAAAUGUUUUCGAAAAUCACAGUAUUUGUUUAAGUCGUAAUAAAGAAGGCCCUGGUAUCUGAAAUUAAAUAUUACUGUAUAUAUCAAAAGAAGCUUUUGACUGUAUGUAUUUGAACAAUUUUUUGUUUUAUUUUGAAAUGUAAUUUGAUAUCUUUUCUUUUUGAUUUGCUUUGUAUAUUGCACUUUAAAGGUCUUUUUUAAAGAAAGAAUAUACAUUAAGUAUUUUGCAAUGAAAAAUCUUUUUUAUAUCCGUGAGACGUGAUAAGAUAGAUAAUUUUGUUCAAUAGUAACUAGUUUCCUUCUAUUGAACCUUAUGUAAACAUAUUGUGCCCAGUGGACCCAAAUAUUAGAUUGAAAGUAUGCAGUAGAAAUGCCAACAAAUGACAAUAGUAACAUUCAUAUUUCUAAAUGUAAUUUUCUGUUUUACGAAAUUGAAUCUGAGUUACAUAAAUGGAUGUUUUUAUGUUAAUUGUAUUAGAGCUAUUAUUCUAUUAUGCGUAUUGAAACAAAUAUAGCUUGAUAAUGUGCUUUUUAUUUUUGCUUUGUGUCAUAAAUUAUUAUAUAUUUAUAUCGAUUUCAAUAUAAAGGCUACUAGCUACUUGAACUAAGCACUAAAACAAAUACUUUAUGCAUCAUUUUUCUGCAAAGAUUGCCAACUACUGUUUUAAAACUAAUGGCGUUCCACCUUUUAUUACAUGAAUUGGUGCACAACAAAAUAUGUUAGAAUACGUGAUUUUAUAAGUUUCAGCUUAUACUUCAAAGAGGUAUUAAUCUUUAUAAAACAUUGAUGCAAUGUUUAAUUAAAUACUAACUAUAAACAUGUUCAGACUGUCGUCCAUUCUAAUCCUGUUGUUUUUUUUAAGAAUAUUCGAAAUGCUGUGUAUAUAUUGUAAAUUGAAACAUGUAUAUAUAUAUAAUGAGAAAUAAAGCAUGUUUAAACUAAAAGGGAAACGUUAGAGUAUAGGCACUUGGGUUGGUCUUAUAACACAUUUUAGGGGAGUACACGUCCAGUGGUAAAACGUUCAUAGUUCGAGUAACACCAAGAACACUGCUAUUUAGCAAAUGUAUAUAUGUACCUGCUUUGGGUGUGGUCUUCAGUGAUGCUAAAAUGUGAGAUUAGUGAGAGAUGAAAACUUGAAAGAUGUUGAUUUUGAAGAAUACAAUUGGAAAAUAUAUGCUUGCCUUUUUAACAUUUGCACACUUGAUAUAUCUUACUCAUGUAACUAAAGAUAUUAUAUGUGCAUCAUAGUUUUGCAAUUUCUCAUCAUUUUACUUGUUCUAUGGACAUUUUAUCAUAAGUGUUGGAUAUUUCAGCCAUAUUUUACAGUAAGUUAAACAUGGAUAUUAGAUAUCUAAAUUCAAGGUGGUAGAGACGUUACUUUAUAUGAAAAGCAGAGGCAUGUAUCUCGAAUAUAACGUAUUAAUAUCAACAUAUAGAAACCGUACAUAGAUCAUUAUUAUUCCUAUUGAUCAAGUUUUGCGGGUUGAUGGUUACUUUGGUGAAUAAAUAUGUGACAUUUCCAAACAUCUGUGCUUUUUACUUUUGGAAAUGGAAAGUUAUUUUUAAAGGUAAGAAAAAUAUAACAAUCUAUGAUGAGUCUGGAUGAAUUCAGUUUUAGACAGUAAGUAUGAGCCAUCAAAUACCAUGAACGUUUUGUUUGUAUCAAUCUUUAAGUGAAAUAACUUGAGCUGUUCAAGUUUUGAUUAAUAGUGUUCAUUCCUUUACUGAUAUCCAUCAGGGACUCAUGAGAUGCAUUUCAAUUAGCAAAGUUAUUAGAUAUCCCAUGUGUUUCCUUUACACUAAGUUAAGAGUGGGUCAAAAUUAUAAACGGUUUGGAAGGUUUUUAUUACAAUGACGAGUCAAUAUAUUGACAUUUACUUUGUGAUAUAAUUAUCACGAAUUGGUGAAAUUGAUGUCGGCUCGCCACAGCCCAUAUUACGUUAGUAUUUUACCGAGGAAACAAUAGAAAACAACAUAAAACUGUAAAUCCAUCUAAAUUUUAACCGAAGCUUGGCUUCAAUUGUAACGCCAUUUUUUUUUUAAAAAUUAGGCAACAAGUACGGCUUAAGCGCAAAAAUAUGAUAAUGAUAAAUGAUGAUGAUAAAAAAAUGUUAGUUUUCAUGAUUUCUUUUUAAUUAAUCAAAUUUACACUAGCGUUUGAUUUACUUUAUUUCACCUGACUUCUCUAAGGUAGGUUUUCGUUUGGUUAAUUAACAUAAGUGUCCAUCUACUUACAAAUAGCUAUAUAAUAGCUUUCUAUCAUUCAUGUUUGUAGUAGACCACCUAUAGUAUAAUUCUUUUGCUGUCAAAUUAUCAUUUUCGUUUUGUCAUUUUG